CAUUCAGUAACUUAACACACGUCUGCACUUCAAUAGUAUUUCUAGACAUCAAUAGUCUUGUAUCUUCCUUCGUCCGAGCAAUAGUAAAACCAACAAUCUCAUAAUGCCCUCAUUAAAUACGGUUUUCUUACUAAUUUGUUCAAUUUUAAUGGCACAUUUGAUUGUGCCACCUUUCUUGAUUCUGAUUGUUACACCACUUUAUAUCUACAAAAAUAUAAUAACAUUUCUGUCAAAGUGGAAAGUCGGGUUCUAUGCCCCGUUAUCUGUUGGAGAUUGCAUUCAUGUUUUAGAUGAUAUCCACGGACGACCAAAAUCUUCGCUUACUUUCGUAGCUUACUUUAAAGGGAGCUACCCUGUUGAGGGAUUUGUGUACCGCUUGAAACGAUUAAUUUCAAUGCACCGUAAAACAGGCUACUAUAAGUUAAUCUGCACAACUACAAGAUGGAUGUGUGUCUACUUUUGGAAAAGGUGCGAAGAUUUUGAUGUCUUAGAUCACGUCACCGUAAACGAGGAAUCCGAUCCAGAUAAGAUAUCUAGUUUUUUGAACGGUCAAAUCGAUAGGGCCUACCCUGUGGGUAAACCAUUAUGGGAUAUUGUUCUUCUCCCUAACUAUGUACUCACCACUUCAGCCAUAGUGGCAAGAAUGCAUCACUCGGUCGGCGACGGCUUAAGUUUCAUCGCCUUUGUUCGUGAUAUGUGCGACGAAAAUCCAGCUAGUGUUUCGACCGUCAUCCAUGCCGGUCUGGCGGGUGCUGUUCGAAGGAUAAUUCUAGACAGGGGUGGUACACCUACAGGAGAUAUUGCAGCUACAUACGUCCUUCCAAAAUUGAACCAUCCUGGGACAUUAUCCAACAAUGCGUUUUGCAUUUCUCUAACUACACCAAUGUCUGGAGAUGAUGGCAUCAAACGAGUUACCCGGAUUUCCCAACAACUGAAUCGCAUAUUCUCUUUCGCCCCGAUCGCAAGUACGCUGCAUUUCAAUAUAUUAGGAUUACUACUUGGUGCUCAUAUGGAUACGAAAGUUUUGUCUAAUUUAUUCACAUUCGUCCAUUCGAAUAUGGUUUUCAUUGGAGAGCCGCUUAAACUGUUUGGAAGCACGUUAGACAGGAUGGUUGCAACUGCGGGGCUGAUACGGAAAUCCAAUCCUCUCUUUGUACUUACUACGAGUUACAAUGGAAAAUUAAACCUGCAACUGGUCGGAGAUAAAGCCGUGUUUCCAGAUCAAGAAAGUUUGUUUAGAGUUGCGAGGUAUGUUGAGGAUGAAUUUGAAAAACUGGAUGGACAAAGCGACGCCGAAAUGGCAAGCCAAAAUCUAAUAGCUACACUUGUAUGAAAUUAAAAUUCUUUGUACUAAAUCAAAUAAAUUACGAACUUCAUAAUAAGUUAAAAAUCUAUGUAAUUACUAAGAAUUUAUCAAAUACAUAAUUAAAUCCCUUUAACUACUUA